GGGACUUUCCUCCUGGGGCCCACCUAACGGAUCUGUUCGACUCUGCUUCGAGUCCAUCCCGACUCCGUAGCGAUUUUGGCCCAAGCGUGCACGUUGGCGCAGUGCGGCGGGGGCGGGCCGGGCCCGCCAGGAGGGCCGCCGGGGGCGGGCCUAGCCGCGGCCAUGGUGGGCCAGCGCGUGGCCGUGUCGAUGGCCAGCAACUUCCUGCCGCUGCUGCUGCUGACGGUCGUGCCGGUGUGCGCCGUGCUCGCUGGCCACGUGCGGGCCCCGCACCUGAUGGUCUCAGACAUCAUUGCCUCCGGGCCGCUCUACAAGGCGUUCUACGCCUUCGGGUUCACAUACUGCGCCUACGGCUCCAACACCAUCUGGACCGAGGUCAUGCGCCACGUCAAGGCGCGAGCCCCGGCACUGCGGCGGGAGGCGGACCGCUUCCUCAUCGUCCUGCACUGGGUGGUCUUGCCGUGCCUGCUGCUGCUGUCGACCUUCUCCUACGACCACGAGGAGCCCGAGCACGGACUCGACGGCUCGGGCAGGCAGCCGCGAUCCUGGGCCGAGGGCAUCCCCAGGGACGCUGGCGCGCUCGCCAGCUGGCUUGUGCACGUACUUUCCACCAGCCUCUUCUUCUUCGGCGCUGCGGUCUGCGGAGGCAUCUACGUGAGGCAGAUCAUGCCGCACCUGAAGGACAAGGGGCUCGUGCAUCCCAGAGACUUGGCCUGGAGUAGGGUGGCGUGCGGCGGUCUCGUUUACGGCGUCUUUAUCACGGCCAUCGUCCGGGUUCUGCACAUGUUCCACGACCAGCACCUGUGGUGUUGGCCGCUCGCGGUCUUCGAGGUGGCUCUGAUUCUCCUGUGCAUCGUCGUGAAUACGAUGGGGACGCUCCAACUACUAAGCGAAUUGGAUAAGGACGAGCCAGCAAUAGACUUCAAGGAAGCCUUUCUUCUGUAGAGGCGCGAGGCGCAUACUAUCAUGUGGUUGGACGUGGUAGCACUCCGCGCCGUCGUUCCCGUCAUCGCUGACCUCGCAUCCCUAGUGUUCCGCCUGCGGCUUUUUGUUUCACGCCAGUUUGGCCCGGCGCAGGCUCAAUUCUCUGCGUUUGAAUGCUUUCAAGCUCAGUCGCAUACCGGCCGCGUUUUCUUCUACGUCUCUGGUGUAGCAUUCGGCCUGCAUGUGGCCGCCGACGCUGCACAUGUGUAUGUGCAGCCGUGGGGCUGGUAGGAGGCAGGUCGGCGUGGAGAAAAACAUAAAGUUCAAUUUUUCACGCUUCGCGUACUUUGCAUCGUUGAUCCCCCGUACGGCUUGUGUCGGAGAUGAGGCGCACGCACUGGCUCCGGCAGGCAGGUGUUGGUCGCUGCCGACAGCCUUACACCGGGAGACGCUUGAUGCCUGGCCUUGCCCUGGGAACGGCCCUGCAGUGAGUGGUUCAGCUUUCUGCUGUUCGCGGUCGUUCUAUUUGCAGAGCAAUCUGCACAUGUUCGAACGGUUUUCUCGACCCGCCUCGCGAGCCUGUUGACC